AUGACUUUAACAAAGCGCAAAAAUUCACCGGAAAAUGAGGAAUUGAUUGAAAACGGAGACGCGCCGAACGAAGGAAGAAGUAACAUUAAAGGGGAUGAACUAAACAUAGCUGUUUUGUUGUUCCUAUACACAUUACAGGGUAUACCACUGGGAUUAGCUGGAGCUGUCCCAAUGCUUUUACAAAAUAAAGGCAUAACGUACACGCAACAAGCUGAAUUUAGUUUAGUAAAUUGGCCCUUUAGUGUAAAACUAUUAUGGGCUCCUAUAGUGGAUGCAAUGUUUUGGCCUGAAUUUGGAAGAAGAAAAACUUGGCUUGUACCCGUCCAGUACUUGAUUGGAAUAGUAAUGAUUAUAGUAUCAUAUUGUGUCACAGAUUGGCUGGGAAUUGAUGGGGAACCACCUUCAAUGACAAUACUUACAGUAUCUUUUCUGUUAUUAAAUUUUUUAGCGGCCACACAAGAUAUUGCUGUUGAUGGCUGGGCUUUGACUAUGUUGAAAAGGUGUAAUGUUGGACAUGCCUCGACAUGUAAUACAGUAGGCCAAACAGCUGGGUUUUUUUUGGGAUAUGUAAUGUUUCUGGCUCUCGAGUCUCCAUAUUUCUGCAACAAAUAUUUACGAACAGAACCACAGGAGACUGGACUAGUGACUCUGUCAAGUUUUCUACUAUUUUGGGGUUGGAUUUUCAUUAUAACGACUACAUUCAUAGCUAUAUUUAAACAUGAAGCUAAUGAUACCAGUGCAAGUGGUCAGGUGAAGGGAGGAAAUGAUAUUGUUAGUGCUUACAAACAGUUGUAUACAAUUGUGAAAUUACCAGCAGUGCGUAAAUUAGCUUUGGUUCUGUUCACUGCUAAGCUUGGUUUUUGUGCGGCAGAUGCAGUAUCAGGCUUGAAGCUUGUUGAAGCCGGUGUCCCACGUGAAGAUUUAGCUUUACUGGCUGUACCUUUGGUACCAGUACAGAUCAUAAUGCCAGUUAUUUUGGCUAAACACACAACAGGACCAGCCCCACUGUCUCUUUGGUUAAAGGCUUUCCCAUUGAGGCUACUGGUUGGUCCUCUAGCGGCAGCCCUUGUAGCCUUCACACCAACACUGCUUGGUGACUCUGGACCUUCAUACUCCUAUCUAAGCAUACUCAUGUUACUGUAUGUCUUUCAUCAGACAUGCCUCUACUGUAUGUUUGUGGCGGUGAUGGCAUUCUUUGCAAAAGUAUCUGAUCCAACGGUUGGUGGUACAUAUAUGACAUUGUUAAACACCGUUUCUAACCUUGGAACCAACUGGCCCAGCACUUUAGCGCUCUGGGCUAUUGAUCACUUGACGUACAAAAGCUGCUCACUAUCUAAGUUGACCGACAACAAAUGCUCCUCAACAGUUGAAGCUGAAUUAUGUAAAUCAGAAGGCGGCACCUGCGUCACUGAAAUCGAUGGGUACUACAUAGAAACUGUUAUAUGUGUUAUCCUCGGCUUCUUAUGGUUGCAGUGGGGUCGACCCACCAUCAACAGGUUACAGCGACUGCCUCCGUCGGCGUGGCAGAUAAGCCGUUACCACAGAUAAGACUGAAUCUCUUCAUUCCCAUAACGUAUUAAUGAGUGUAGUAUCUCUGAAAUCUAUGGGCUACACUAGUGAUUUUAUAGAUUAAAAAUUAUGAGAGGAAUCAAUACAAAUAUUAAAUAGUUCCCCUUGUUCCUCUCAAUAAACAGAUUAAACAAAAACUUUGUUUUCAGUUUUUGUGAGUAUAAAAAUAUUUACAAAAGGUCACGAGUCCUCGUGGUUAGCAAAUUUGUGUAAUUUAUUAAUAAUGUACAUGGAAUGCUCGUUUGCCAACGUGCUUGAGUACAUUAAACUCCAACCGUGAUUGAUUUUAUUAAAAUUAAGCUAUUUUCAUUUAAUGAAAAGUUUUUAGUAAAUUAUUUAUAUACAUACAUAUUUAUGUAAAUUAUUUUACGCAAUUAUUGCGCUGCACAUUUAUAAAUCCACUACUUUCUUAUCUCUCCGUUAAAAACUGUACACAUGAAAUUAUUUGUGGACUUACAAACAUUUUGGGGAUGUUAUUUUUUGUUUACAAUGUCCAGACUAUUGUGCUAUCAUAAUAUAGUGAUAUUCAUUGUGAAUACUUUUGAAAUCCAUUGUAUAAUUUGUAAAGACGGUUUCAACGGUUAAUAUUUAAUAUUCUUGACACGAUUUUUUUUAAUUAUAGUGUUAUUAUGUAUUAUUUCAUUUCAAUUCGGUUUGUAAUUGCAAUUAUUAACUGAUUUCAGAUAAAACUUCUGAAUUUGGAGCAACAGCUUUUUGUUAUAAAGGUGAUAUAGUAAAAGACAAAAGUAUUUUUUCUAACAAUUUCCGUUUAUGCUAUCCAACAACUUUGCUAAAUCAUAAAAUUUAUUUCAAAUCGAAUAAUAGCAGCAUCGAAACCCGAGCUCAGCUCGGCAAUCCGAUCUGUGAUAAAAGUUUGCUUUACACGUCAAAUUCUCAUACAAGUAACAAGUCAAUUUAUCAUUAUCAAGUAUAGAAUAAUGCGAAGAAUAACGUUGUAUU